CUCAUUGUGCUCGGCCGGUGCCGCCUCCGCUGCCGGACACGGCGGGGGGGCCGCGCUCCCGCUCCUGCGCUGCCUGGGGCGGGCGGCCCUGCGCACAUCCCCGCAGACUGCUGCCUUGCGCCGAGCCCUGCUGCUCCUGUCCUGGGCGUCCUGGCUCCAGGGUAGCUCGACACCGUUCCGGAGGGCUGCGCUGCUCUGCGCUGCACGGCACGGCACGGCACGGCACGGCACGGGCAGUGGGGACUGAACACCCAUUCCCGAGUGGGACUGCCUUGCGCCCAACCCUGCUGCGCCCAUCCCGGGGAGCUGCCCUGCGCCGGGAGGGUGGUCAGCACCCAUCCCAGUGGAAGUGGGCUGCCGUGCGCUCAUCUCCGGGGUCAGCACCUACCCGGGGCGUGCGGGGGCUGCAGCGCCCAGCCCCGCUAUCCCCCGCGUGCGGCGGCCCGGGGCUGCCGCUUCUUCCCAUCGCCGCUGACCGGCUCCUGGCUCCCGCCUCGUUCUAUGGUCGUGGAGAGGGAGGAAAAAUCCCAAACCAGCUGCGUAAAUGAGUAUGGAAGAUUAUGAUUUCCUCUUCAAAAUUGUUUUAAUCGGCAACGCCGGUGUGGGGAAGACCUGCUUAGUCCGUCGCUUUACUCAGGGGCUUUUCCCACCAGGGCAAGGAGCCACGAUUGGGGUUGACUUUAUGAUUAAAACUGUGGAGAUAAACGGUGAAAAAGUAAAGCUGCAGAUCUGGGACACGGCAGGCCAGGAGCGGUUCCGGUCCAUCACGCAGAGUUACUAUCGCAGCGCCAACGCGCUCAUCCUGACCUAUGACAUCACCUGCGAGGAGUCCUUCCGCUGCCUGCCCGAGUGGCUGCGGGAAAUCGAGCAGUAUGCCAGCAACAAGGUCAUCACCGUGCUCGUGGGUAAUAAGAUUGAUUUAGCUGAUAAGAGGGAAGUCUCCCAGCAAAGAGCUGCAGAGUUUUCUGAAGCACAGGACAUGUACUAUCUGGAAACGUCAGCAAAAGAAUCGGAUAAUGUGGAAAAACUCUUCCUGGACUUGGCCUGCCGGUUGAUCAGCGAGGCACGACAGAACACCCUUGUGAACAAUGUCUCAUCCCCCUUACCAGGAGAGGGGAAAAGUAUCAGCUACUUGACUUGCUGUAAUUUUAAUUAAAGAGCUGGCUUGUGAUUGCCCCUUCUGCCAUGGGCCAAGUGGAUUUUUUUUUUUUUUCCUAUGCUGGGAUUUAUCUACUUGAAGGAAUUCCUGCCAAUCUGACCCAUCUGGUUUACUCAGAGUCAGGUUACAGUUCUGGAAACAUGGCAGGCUGAUGGCUCCAGCUGCAUGGCAAUGUAGCAGAAUACAAUAGGGUUUAAAUUUCAUUUUUCUUGCAGUCUGUGGAGCAAGUCAGAAAAGGAAGAGUUACAUGAAGCACAAGUGCUUCAUGUAAUGCAGAACAGGAGCUGUUUUGUUUCCUUCUGGGGGAGAGUAGACCAGCCUUUCUUGAAGAUACUGAAGAGAUCAAAAUCUCUCUUGCAGAACAAUGUGUUUUGAUCCUUUUUAAAGUAAAACAAAGUAAGAAAAAACGCAACAAUGAACACUGACUUUGGACUACACUGGCGAUCUCCUGGGCUGUCAGCGAGCAAGCUCUUAGGACGUGUACAUAACGUCUGCCCCUGCGUCCUCACGGAGGACUCUGGUGUUUGAAAUAGUGUUAUGUCUCUCAUCUACCGGCACUUUCAUGAACGUGGAAGAAACAAAAAAGUUACAGACAGCAACAUUUUCAAGAUUGAAGAAGACAUGGAUACAGCUCAGUUGCUCCCUUUGGUGCUAGCAGUUCAGCAAAUAUUCCAUAGGCCAAAUGUAGUCUUACCACAUUACUGUCUUCUGAAUGUGUAACUUAGACUGGUUAGGAAAAAACACUAAUUAGCACUGUUCAUAAAAAUAAAAAAAAUGUCAUUACCUCUUUUUCUAGGCCUGAACAUAGUGGGAAAGGACUGUGUGCUUCUUUGAUAUCCAACAAAGGAUAAAAAGACUUUCCAGAAAUAAAAAUAAAUAAAUAAAUAAAUUAACCAUUCCUCCUCUACUUAGUCAUGUCCUGAUGUAAAAAGUUAGCCUUGGGAAAGAUUAUUGGUGGACUUGGCAAAAGUGCACCAGACAUGACCAAAGUCUUGUGCGUGCAUGGAUUGUGUAUAAGGGUUCAAAGGAAGCACGGUGUGAACUGGCAAUCUGCAAUAUGUCCAGCUGAAAAACAAAGCUUGUAGAUACAGCUCUUGUUGACAGGCAGGAGUACAAAUCUGCAGAGGGUUUGACAGUAAGUGGGAAUAGCACUGGGUUGCAAGUGGUGUCAUUCCAUGUCUGACCAAUCCAGCUCUCACCAUGUGGAACUGCUCUCAAAGAUGCUCUUGAAGGUCUCUUCUUGGCAUCUAGUCUCUCUGCUAGGGUAGCUUAUAGGUUCAGGGCUGUAGAGUCAUUCUGUUUACCUGAUGCUUGCACCCUUAAUCCCAAACUCUGGUACACGUAACUGUUUAGGCAACUUCUUCCUGCAGAACCCCUGAAAUGGAAGCACCCUGGAGUUUGUGAUGUUACUCCACCUCUAGUGCCAUACAACGCAUUGGAAAUUUACACGUUGGCAUGGAAGCGAAAUCAGAAGAUAGUGAAUGUGCACAUAAUUAUAUUUAGGAGUUUGAGUUCAGUUUAGCUAAUCUGGAUAAAUCUCUCCUGGCAAUUACAUGGCUAUGAUAUGCUGCAAUUUAGAGGUAAUCAAUUUAAUAUUAUUUGGCUUUUACUGAAGAUUAUAACAGAGCUUUUAUAUUGACAUAAAAAGCUGCCAGUAAGUACAUCUUGAAAAAAAAUAGCAAUUGAAAAAAAGAGGCAUUUUGAAAUGCUUUUUUUGUUUCCUGGAAAGAUUUCUUUGGGCUGUAUCAUAUUGUGCCUUUGAUAUGUAACGGGGAGUUGACUGUGUCAGAGAGAGGGGGGAUUGGUUUGUCAUAUGGCCAUUUUUAAUAUUUUCUUGUUAUUUUUAGGUCAUUUUCAUGACUAGUGGUAAAAGGAAGAUGUAGAAGUUGUGGUAUGAAGUUUGUCAUUUAGGUAACAUUUAGCAAAGAACUUCUGUAAGUGUGAGAAGUUGGGGAACAUGUCAGCUGCUGCUCUGCUCGGGUUCUUUUCAGUCUCUGCUCAUGUUGUAAUCUGGAGGAUUUGGAAAUGUGUGGGACUUGGUGGCUUCUGCUGUGCUGGACCAUGUGAUACAGCCUAUGCUGAAGAGCAGUAUCUUUCUUCUUGAGCAUUCCCUAAAUCACCAAAUGCAGCUUAAUUUGAGCUUGUGAGGAGCACCCAACUGCAAGAUAGCUGAUUCUGCACAGCUCUUAAGUAGUUCUCUAGAGCUGGGCUCAGGGUGUUCCAUGGCAGGUAGCACUCAAGUUAAAAAUCAAUACCACGUGUAUUUAAUUUGUAGUAGCCCUUACUCCCCAAAGCUGGACAUGUCAGCACAUAAUUGAUAACAAAUAGGGCAGGGCUCUUUGAUCAGCUUAAUCAGGGAGGAAGGAGACUGCCAAAUAAAAAACCCAUGGGUUACUCAGCCUGGUUUCCAAAAAGAUCAAAGCUGGGCAGGUAUUCUUCAUCCCUGCCAAGUGUACUAUAAAUGCAUUUUAAAGUGCUCCUUGCAUCACUUCUGGAAGUGGAACUCUGAUGCAUCAACAUGACUGAACAAACUGAGCUGGUCAAAUAGCAGAAACUGCUAACUUUAUUUUCUUGGAUAUUUACUUUGAGAUUUCUAGAAGCCUAAAUCUUUUCCCAGUGCUUUCCUAAUCUGUAGGUGACUGUUUUGGAGACUAGCUGCCUACUAGCAACCUCAAAGCACUGGUUCUUUUUAUUGCUAGGGAAUCUUUGUGUAAGGACUCCAUCUCCAGACAGUGAUGUGCUUUUGUGGCGGGGUGGAGUGCUGUGGUUGGGCUGAUGUUCAAGUGAAUUACCUGACUUCUCCAGUCAAAUUUGAACUGAUUUCUUUCAGUGUUUAUUCUGUGGAGACUUAAAAAGUUGAAAGGAAACAAUGGUGGUAUGUGCAAUUUUUACAAGGUCAUAAACCAAAGCUGUAGUUUUGUACACCUCUGAAUAUCUCUGUAGUGCAUGCAGCCAAACUUUCCUUGUAGCACUGAGGGCUUAUCUUCUCUUCUACAGUCUGAUCUACUGCUGAAGGCUUCCCAGCUGGAAGAGGAACUUUAUCAACUGCAGAGUCUUGAAAAAUAAAAAGACAUAAAAUAAGUACAAAUUCCAAUUAUGUGAUAAUCAGCUCUCCAACUGAACACUUUUCUAGAUUUUUGAGAGAACUGUCAGUAAAAGCCUUGUGAUGCUUGCUGGAUAAAGUAUCAAAAACCCAUGCAGAAUUGAUAUAAUGGGGCCAAAUUUGACUGGGAAUGUUCUCUACUAUCAUGAGAGCCAAGCUUUUAGUGUGGUUGCUGGAUUUGAAUGUGUUUUGAUGAUGGUGAUAUAUUCACAGCCAUGGAGUAAUCUUAUUUCUGGCUGAAUGUUAAUUUUUGUUGUAGUCCUGUAAUGAGGCCCUUUCUUGACAUUUUUAGCGCAAUGAUUAUGUCCAAACAGAAGCCAAUACUGGAUGAUCAGCAGAUGUUUGCUUAAUCUAGCAAGCCUGUUUGCAGAGAUUAGUAAGAGCAUCUCUGAAAACUGGAUGGUCUAAACUCUGAUUUCCAGUGGGAGUCACUGAUUCAGUCAGGCUGAUCUUGAGUAAACCACCAAACAUUCAGUGCUUCAGAUCAUGGGUGUGAAGUACUCGCUGUGAAAUUUUGCAUUGGGUGUUGACACCGAGUGUUUGCUGACACAAGCCAUGACUCCUUUCUGUCCAUACUUGUGUUCCCCCAUGAAAGGGAAAAAAACUCAAAUAAAAAAAACUCUUCAGGUCAAAGAAAUAAGAUGGAAAAAGUGAAAUUAGGAGCUCUGUAAUGAAAGAGUGUGCUGGGUGCCUCUUCCUACCUGGACCCCUGAAGUCUUGAUUUGACCUCCAGGUAAGCUGCUUGAGCGUGUAGUCAGAUACGUGUUUGUGCUGAAUGCUAAAUGGCCCUGUGAUCAUUAUUUAAUGAAAACCACACAUGACAAAUUGUCAGGCAAUACUUUGUUCUUUGCUGUGGAGCACGUGAAACAGCCCUUAAAAUCUGUCAGCCUGCUGGUGCUGUUUGUGAUUUUUUGGAAAUGGCUGUAUUGGUAACAGUUGGCUCCCGCUAGUCUAGGUUUAGCAGUUAAUGGCUAUCCAAUUCCUUCAGCACCAGUAAUAACAGCAGCAGACUGAGGCUGACACAGGAGACAGUGAUUUGAAAAGCAGGAAAGUCAAAGUUAAUGAUGGCAGAAGCACGGUGGGGGCACGCACAUGGGACAACAGGCUUUCCAGAGCUUUUGCUGACAAGGGAUGCAAUUAGUUAGAGUCAAAUCCACUGGGUUUUGCCUUGUUUGUUAUCCCUAAGGACCACUGUUUGUUCAACUGCUUUUCCACUUGUCUUCUCUUUUCAGUAUGAAGGACUGUCUGUAAAUCAGGCUGAAAUGUUGAGCUGGCAUGAUUCCUGCGGUCAGAGGCUGAAUUCAGUUGGAAAAUAGGUGAAGUUCUCCAGCUAUUAAAGUAGGCUGAGCAAACAUGCAGGAUAUGCUGCCCUUUGGGAACCUGUGGUGCCAUCGGGGUCAGAUAUGGUUGGAGACACUGUCACAGAAACCCUCUCCUGGCUGUGGGGCAGAAUGAAUGCUACAGCCCUUUGUGCAAGGGAAAGAUGACUCUGGAGUAGAAAAUGCAAGUAAAGUGAUGGUUCCACAUGCUCAGGAUUUUCUCCAUACCAUCCUCUUUUAAAAUUGCAUCUAUGGAUUCGAUAUUAAUUGCUCUGGGCUUUCGUAAGGGUUUGCUUUGAAAUUUAGUCAGAAAUUCUGCAUUCUUUUACUUUUAGAGUCAAAGCACCCAGUAUCCUCAUGUGUUCGGCUCCUACCAACAAAGUCCUUUUUGAAUUAAUUCAGUUAGAAAAAGGUGUUUCUAGAGGAUACUUUGUGAAUUCCCAGUGAGCAAUUAUGGAAACUCUUCAUCCUUUUAAAAAUGUCUUUGUACAUAAGGGCUCACCUCUGGAGCCAAAGGAAAUAACUAAUCAAUUCUAGUAGCGAAAACCCAGUUAAAUCAAAACCUUUUCUUCCUCUUUUUAUAAACUUUGUUAUCUCAACAAGUUUGGGGUUUGACAUCACCCUUUUUCCUUGCAUCAGUUCUGUCUUCUUGUUGCUGUGGGUAAGAAUUGUAGCUGCUGUUGGCAAGCAGCAAAGGAUCAUCAUUUUGAAGGACAGUCUUGUCUUAUGAUGAUGAAUGGUGGGGAAACAAUAGCUUGAUUUCUUAUAAGCAAGUAGUGCAUCCUAAGCAGAGCAGCCUCAACUGGAACCGGUGAUGUCUUUAAAAUGCAAUCAUCCACUUGAGCAGUAGCUAAAUGUACCAUAAAUGUUACUGAUCUCACAUCUGCCUCAGUUCAGGAUUUAGCUUGGCUAUGAAAGCAGACAGCAGGGUAGUCAUCCUCACCAUGAUGCAGGGCUCCCAAAGCAGCACGCUGCCUUGCUCUGACUUACCCCUCUGAUCACCACUUCACUCACCUGACCCAAAGUCACCUUUGCUGUACUAAACCAUAUCCAGCUGGGAUAGAGCACCAGCUGUCAUCACUCACAGAUGCCAUCACAACCUUCCCCCUCAUGUAAGUGAGCUGUAACUUAAACCAGAAGUAAAAACUAUGCCAUGUGAGUCACAGGUGUUUGUUUCUUUCCGAGUGGGAGCCACAUAUCCAGAAAAAACCCCCGUAUCUCUAAAGCUUGCUCCUUCAAAUACAGUCAAUGGAAUAACAGGGGGAAGAUAACCCAGACAGAGCAGAAAAUGAGAUGGCAAUGAGUGUAAUUUUGACUGUAAACAUUGUCAGUGAAAAAUUAGACUGGUUUUAAGAGCACAGACAGGGUCAACAGCUCAGCUUAUCUGUCUGGAUGAACAGGAGCUGGGUUAACAAUACUUGGACAUUGUCUCUCUUUUCACAUUAAUAACUUGCAAUUAGGACUUGGUGGAUGUGACCACAUUUUUUGAACCAGUUAUCCUUUUCCAGUAAGCUCGAUAAUUUUAGCUCUGGUUAGUGCUACAAUAUUACUCAAAAACAGAUGCCAGCUUUACAUUUGCACUUUUGCUUUUUCCACUUCUGCUUAUCUUGGGAUAACAUUCUCAAGGACCUGCACAUUUGUGAGUACACUGUGGUGGUGUCCCUGGUGAGCAUUUUCUGAAUGCCUGGUCCUCAGGCAAAAAAUGACAUGGCCAAAACCUGUGUCAGUCAUGGUUUUAGCUUUGCAUGGUUCCCUGGGGCAGAGGGGAUGUUAAAAGUAUUCUAAUGUUUUCAUGGGCAGCAGUCAAGGGCUCGGGAGUGUCUGGUGUCAUAUGAAUGCAAACCUUGGCACUUUUCAAAGCUUGAUUCCUCUAAUACCUCUCAUCAAUGAAUCUGCUCUUCUCUAGUUACUGUUCAUGCCUCAAGCACUGUGGAGGGAUGAUCUGAUUGCAUGAACCACUGGAUCUGACUCCUGCUUUAGUUAGAAAGAAGAGCAUCAGAGGCUCAUCUUCUGUGCCACCUCAAGCUUCUUACAAACUCAGUAAGUCCUUUCCAGCCAGGACACCCUGUAAGGAAUACUUCCCUUCUUACAGGAUCAAUACAAGAGAUUCAGACAUUAAGGAUUGAUGGGAGUUUGGUGCAAAUGAGUUGCUCUCCAGUGAGUAGGUGGGUGCUGCUCUCCAUCCAGUGAGACUUGGGGCAGUGUGGAGGAGGAGCUGUCACUGGGGGAUGCUGUGAAUGUCUCCGAGGGCCGGGGUUGCAUCACUGGCACAGAGCUGUAGUAAAUGUAGUAUCCUGCAGUGUCUCAGCAGCUGAGUCUUACAGAAGGGCAAGCAGAGGAGAGAGAAUGCCAUUUUUAAAUUUUAAUAGAGGGGGAAUAAAAUACCUGGUCUAUGGUGGAGAGAGCUGCUAUGAUUUCAGGCACUACCAUUGCCUCAGCUCUUGCAGCCUGUUGGGAAGAAAGGGUUACUAUUCAUCCUCACACACAGCCAGCACUGAAGGGGGAAAAACUAACUUCUGAAGCCAACAUUUUAGUGGAGAAAAGGCCCUCUAAUGAGAGUAUGGAGCAAGCCCAGUGCUUGUUACUAUGCUGAUUUGGAGUGACAAGUAUAUCUCUGGAUAUUAGGGAAGUAGUUUAAAAUAUGCCAUAGUUUUUAGCAUAAUAAGAUGCACUGCAGAUAUGUCACAUCCAUUUUAUUCUCCACAGCUGUUUACAAAAGGAAAAAACCCCAAAACCCUGAGACUGGAGCAGCUGCAGUCACUCAGCUGUCAAUAUAGGACAAGGCUCUUUCUGCUCUUUUAUUUCCACUUCACUCUGUUCUGCUGCACAUAUUUGGCUGUUCUGUGAAUUUGCAGAUCAUGAGAUUUUUUUUCAAACUGCCUUUGAUCUAUACAGAAAGACUCACCCAGUUCUCAUUUGAAUUCAUUAAUACUUUGAGUAGGCAUUUUGAUUUUAUGUUUACUGGCUUGUUUCCCUUUGUAAUGUUAUCUAACUGACAAGUUUGUCGUGCUCUGCAUUACCUUUAGACUUUUGAAUCUAAAACAUUUCCUCUUUCCUGAAAGCUAUGAUAAUUUUUAGAGAUGCUACAAAGGCAUCUUCAUUUCCUCAGGAGAAAACCUGAAUUACCCUCAGCUUUGAUUACUAUCAAAUCAACAUUGAAGCACGUAAUUUCUUUUACAGUGUGAACAAAGUAUGUUUUAUACCAUCAACUAUAGUUUGAAUUGUAGUUUAAAAAUCUGCUUAAGCACUAACAGCAGCAUUUUGUUUGUGAUUUCCAUGCCAGGGAAGUCACAGCAUUAAAGGAAUUUCCUGUGUUGGAGUUUUUCCCCACAAAAGUCUGUUGUCUUUUCCCCAACAAUUGUGAAUUUAGCACAAUGUACAGAAUUUUAGCAAGAACUCUGAUUCCUAGACAUGUGGCCAGAAGGAUGAGGAGAGGAUGUGGUUUUUGUUGAUCAAGCACAACCAUUUCAGUGGAAAAAAUGCACUACAGCUGGUCAGACCAUUGAUCUCGUUACUGGGGUAGUGCUGUCUUUGGGGACAGUAUAGGUGUUAGAAAAUCACCAAACUGUGAAUCAUUCACUGUCAGAAGCAUUUGGCUUGUCUCUUCUUUAAGUUCUUGUGGUCAAGUUUGGUACAGUGGGCUUGAGAAAGGAAUGUGUUUUGGAUGACCAGGAUGAUGAAUGUAUGAUGCUUCAUGUUUAUUUGUAAUGUCCUUUUUAUACUUAGAAAUUGCUUACAUGUGUAUCUGUAUGUAAAUAAAUGUUUAAUCCUUUCCA